UGUAAGCUAUACGUUACACAAUGACUGUUGAUGCUGAGGGGAAUAAGAUAGUUGUUUGUGACAAUGGUACAGGAUUUGUAAAAUGUGGAUACGCUGGAGCCACCUUCCCCGAAUUUAUUUUCCCAUCACUCAUAGGGAGACCAAUAUUGCGCGCAACUUCUCGCGUGGGCAAUUUGGAAGUUCAGGAUCUUAUGAUAGGUGAUGAAGCAAGUGAAUUAAGACAAAUGUUGGAAUUAAGUUAUCCACUGGAGAACGGCAUUGUUAGAAAUUGGGACGAUAUGAUCCAUUUAUAUGAUUACAUAUUCGGUCCAAAAAAGAUGAACAUUGAUCCCAAACAUGCAAAGAUUUUGUUAACAGAGCCUCCUCUCAAUCCAUUGCGUAACAGAGAGAAAAUGGUUGAAGUUAUGUUUGAAAAAUAUGGCUUUAAUGCACUAUUCAUUGCCAUCCAAGCGACAUUGACUCUUUACGCCCAAGGUCUCAUGACUGGGGUUGUCGUUGAUUCGGGUGAUGGCGUUACUCACAUAUGCCCAGUUUACGAUGGACUCUCUUUGCCGCAUUUAACAAGACGUUUGAACGUCGCCGGUCGCGACAUAACACGCUACCUUAUUAAGCUCUUGUUACUGCGUGGUUAUGCAUUCAAUCAAACAGCAGAUUUUGAAACAAUCCGCCAAAUGAAAGAGAAGUUAUGUUAUGUGGCGUACGACGUGGAGCAGGAGCAAAAUCUAGCUCUAGAUACAACAGUUUUGGUGAAAAAAUACACGUUACCUGAUGGACGUGUUAUCAAAGUAGGUGGUGAGCUAUUCGGUGCACCAGAAGCUCUCUUUCAGCCUCAUCUAAUCGAUCGUGAAGGUGUCGGUAUAUCAGAAUUAUUAUUUAAUACAAUCCAAGCUGCUGAUAUUGAUACAAGACCAGCAUUCUACAAGCAUAUAGUAUUAAGUGGUGGGAGUACAAUGUAUCCUGGUUUGCCAAGUCGUCUUGAACGUGAAAUUAAACAGUUAUAUUUACAAAAUGUACUGAAAGGUGAUACAGAAAGAUUUGCAAAAUUCAAGAUGUGCAUUGAAGCCCCACCUCAAAGGAAACAUAUGGUAUUUAUAGGUGGAUCAGUGUUGGCAAAUAUUAUGAAAAAUGACCGACGUACUACAUGGUUAACUCGUGCUGAAUACGAAGAAAAAGGCUUAAAAAUAUUAGAAAGACUAAACUACUAUAAAUAACACUACCAUGACCACCCCGUGUUGAUUACAAUGGAAUAUAUACAUACUGAUUAGCCUUGCCAAUUUAGGCUAACUUGCUUUCGCUCACGAAUUAAUAGUGACUUGUAUGUUUGUUUUUCUCUUCUUUACUCAGCACAUUUUUUUCUACCUGGUUUGUAUCCGUUUAUUUCUGGGAAAGAAAUCCAAAUAAUUUACCGUCGGAUGUUGAUUUGAAAAAAAUCCACUACACAUUGUAUUCAUGAUUUAUAUAUAUAUAUAUAUAUAUAUAUAUAUAUAUAUAUAUAUAUAUAUAUAUAUAAACCUCCAACACUUUGUGUAUAGAGAAGAUAUAUAAAUCAAAGAGAUUAUUUUUAUUGUUGAUACACUGAAAGUGUAGUACAAAAGUAAGAAAGUGAUUUAUAAUUGAGCUGAAAUAAAUACUGCAUAAUUGUUUGUGGUGCUUUCAUUAUUUUAAUAACUUUUUUUUGAAAAAAAUGAUUUCGGAAAAUAGGAAAUCUUUAUGUUACACAGAAAUGUUAUAAUUUCUCUGAAAUUGUAAUCAUGUAUUGU